AGUUAACUUAAUUAUGACUUGUGCUCCAGUGAUAUAUUGAUUUUUCAACCAUUCAUAUUUUGGAAACAUGCACCUACUUAUCUAAGUCAUUAAGAAAAAAGAAAAAAUAACUUACCAUGUUUGAGUGGGCCUACAUAGGAGUGAAUGCAUCUAUUCCAAGAAAUGUUGGGCCAGAAUGUGCCAGUUAUCUUACAGUCACAAGAAGAAUCACGGAAACUUUAUUUAUAUCGGUGUAUAUUAUUUUUUUACUUGUGUGGAGCUUAAAGAGGAUAACAUUGCCAAAGUCAGUGCCAUAUGUGCAGCAAGCAAGACCGGGUAAAGUCAUUUUACUUACAGUUACAUGCCUGGUUUUUGGGAUGGAAAUUGGUUUUAAGCUAUCUGGAAAGACAUUUGUGUACAUACUAAACCCCUGCCAUAUUUUUACAAUUAUCGAGAUAUACUUACUUGCUGCAGAACCUAGUAGUCCCAUGAUUACAGCGGUAUUCAGAUUAGUUGUAUCAAGUUUAAAUGGACCAGUUUUAGCAUUUGUAUUUCCAGAAACUGAAUGUAGACCAAUGUUUGCAGACAAAGCUGUUUAUUACAUUCAGCAUGGAUUAAUGGCUCUGAUACCAUAUUACCUGAUAAGGCUGGGAGGUGCUUAUAACAUUGAACCUUUGUGCGAUAUGAGCUGGGCGAUAUUUGGGUAUUCGAUUAGCUUAGCGUAUCAUUUCUGGAUACUUCAGAUAUUUGGAAUGCUUACACAAGUUAAUUUAAGCCAUAUGUUGUGUCCCGCUGUUUUGGAUCCAUUCCAAGGACAAAACUACAGACUCUGGGCAACGUGCCAUCAAUUAAUAUUUAUUCCUUUAGUUUAUAAGAUUUUUUGCAUUUGUGCGAACUUUUUUCUCACAAAAUUUCCAUUAACAAGAGUAAAGUCAACUCUUGAAUGUGUGCUUGCUACUGAAAAUUCGAUUCCCACUGCAGUAAAUGAAAAUUGUGGAAUUGCAAAUAGUAAAGUUAAAUACUUCUAGUCAAAUUAGACUGUGAUAGCAUCUCGUCAGUAUAUACUCACCAUAAGCACGUGAUAAUCAUGCCUAAGACGUAAAUCUUUAUAUUUUUAAACUGUCUUAUGGAAUGACAAAAUUUAUGUUAGCAUGCAUGUGUCUAUACACAUGCAACUCAAACAAAUCUAUCUAUAGUUAAAAGUUUAAAAAAUUUUUAGUUGAGAUUAACUAUAACAUGGCCUUAUUAUUACGAAACUAAAAUCUGCACUGCUUGUUUUUUAAGUAUUAUUUUAUGAUGUAUCUUUAAGAAUCAGCUUUCGUCUAAAGGUGUGAAUUUACAUUUUUUACAAAAAUUAGAGUUGGUACAAACAUGUCAAAUUUCAAACAAAAAUAUUUAGCCUAGUUGGAUGAAUCAUAGAGUAGCAAAAAACAUAAAAAAAAAAUUUUUUUUUUUACGAUUCUCUCAAAUGUGUUUAAUUAUAAAAGUUUCAAUUUCU